AUGGACGACGACAGCAGCCGUCUUCCGGCCGGCGAGCCCGCGGCGGCGGGAGAGAAGGGGAAAUGGUACGAGGUCCAUCUGUUCCGCGGCAUGGCCAACGACGUGCGGAGGCGAGCGCCGUAUUAUGGCAGCGACUGGAUGGACGCGUGGGACUAUAGAGUCGUCCCCGCGACGGUGUACAUGUAUUUUGCAAACAUCCUGCCGGCGCUGGCCUUCUCCCUGGACAUGUUCUCCAAGACUGGCUCCAAUUACGGCGUCAAUGAGGUGCUGCUGGCGUCUGUGAUGGGCGCCGUUGUGUUUUCCGUCUUUGCCGCCCAGCCGCUGGUUAUUGUUGGUGUGACGGUUGGUCAUGACUCUUCUUGUCGUCUCUCGUCUCUGGCGGAUUCACCCCCCCCCUCUUUGAUCUUGUGGCGGCGUGUCAGGAAACCUAACGCCAGAGUUAGCACCGUCUACGACAUCAUGAAAGAUGUCCGUGUCGACUACGUUGGCUUCAUGGCCUGGAUAGGCAUAUGGUCCCUCGUCCUACACGUCCUCCUUGCCGUGACGAAUUCGUGCAACUGGCUGCGCUGGGUCACCCGCUUCCCCUGCGACAUCUUCGGCUUCUACGUCGCCUUCAUCUACAUCCAGAAGGGCAUCCAGGUCCUCGACCGCCUGGCCGACGGGCCGUCCUUUUACCUGUCCAUCAUCGCGGCCCUGCUCGUCUCCGCCGUGGCCUACGUGUGCGGCCAGCUCGGCAGGAGCAGUCUGUUCACCCAUCCCGUCCGCGUCUUUCUCAAGGACUACGGAACGCCCUUGACCAUCAUCUUCUUCACCGGCUUCGUCCACAUUGGCCGCAUGGCCCGCGUUCACUUGGACGUCUUGCCCACGGGCAUCGCCUUUGAGCCUACCAGCGGGAGGGCCUGGGUCGUUCCAUUUUGGAAUCUGAGCGUCGGCCAAGUCUUCAUCGCCCUGCCCUUUGCCGUCUUGCUGACCAUAUUGUUCUGGUUCGACCACAACGUAUCGUCUCUCAUCGCCCAGGGCAGCGAGUUCCCGCUCCGCAAACCCCCCGGCUUCCACUGGGAUAUCUUCCUGCUCGGCAUCACCACCGGCGUCGCGGGCAUCCUUGGCCUGCCCUUCCCCAACGGCCUCAUCCCCCAGGCGCCCUUCCACACCGAGUCUCUCUGUGUCACCAAGCCCGUCAAGCGGCUCGAUGAAAAGGGCCAGGAUAAAGGCGACUUCACCCUCGAGGCCACGCACGUCGUGGAGCAGCGCCUGUCCAACCUCGCCCAGGGCCUCCUGACCCUCGGCACCAUGACGGCCCCCCUGCUCGUCGUCCUACACCUCAUCCCCCAAGGCGUCCUGGCCGGCCUCUUCUUCGUCAUGGGCGUCCAGGCCCUCGAGGCGAAUGGAAUCACCGCCAAGCUCGUGUUUCUGGCGCGCGACGCCGCCCUCACCCCCCCUGACACGCCUCUGCGCGCCAUCAAGCGCCGUUCGGCAGUCUGGCUCUUUGUCGCCAUGGAGCUGCUUGGCUUCGGGGCCACCUUUGCCAUUACCCAGACCGUCGCCGCCAUCGGCUUCCCUGUCUUCAUCCUCCUGCUGAUUCCGCUGCGCGCGCUUGUCCUGCCGAGGGUGUUCCGCCCCGAGGAACUGGACGUGUUGGACGCGCCCACGGCAUCGGAUUUCACCAUGGAGGGAAUCGGCGGAUCAUGGGGCGGCGCCGCGGGUGCGUCGUCGUCGUCGUCGUCGUCGUCACCGCCGCCGCCGCCUCGAAGCGGUGACGAGACGGCUGUCUCUAGUCGCUCUGGUUCGAGGGGACCCUACGACAGCGUCCUUGGGAGUCCAGCCGCUGCCAGGGCCAGUCGCGAGGAGAUGGCCGAGUUGGGGAGGGUCACGAGGAGGCUGAGGGCGCAGCCGACGUCGACAAAUCCGCCGGCGGGGAGCUUUUCACGGCAACGGUAA